CUAGUGUUUGUUGAGUGAAGAUCCAUUUUUACUUCUUUUAGAAUAAACCAAGUAAUAUGAAUCCAGAUUAGAUCUACCAGGUUGACAUUUCUCCGCUGUUCCUGCGUUCAAGGACAUGAACAUUUCAAUAAUAAAAGAUCCAUCUCUCAAGUAUUUGAAAGAAUCAAACUAGCAGCAACACCUUUUUCCUCACCACAGAAGACAUAUUUUUAUCCCAGUUUUAUCUCUUUCUUUUUUUCAAGUGAUGGCUGAAGCUCUUAGAUCAGUUUACUUUUGGUUGUUUUUCAACUUAUCCAUCAUAUUUUUGUGCUCAUCUCAAAAUGAAAACGAGUUCAUCUACAAUAACGGCUUCCAUGAAGCCAAUUUACAAUUGGAUGAAAUCUCAAUAAUCCACCACGAUGGUCUAUUGCAGCUAACCAACACUUCUAAGAGGCAAGCAGGCCAUGCUUUAUAUCCAUUUCCCUUCAAAUUGAACACAUCUUCCGCUGAAUCUCUUUCUUUUUCCACGAAUUUUGUUUUUGCCAUAGUUCCAGAAUCGGAUAAGAUUGGUGGCCAUGGCAUAGCCUUUUUCAUCUCCCCUUCUAUGGACUUCAGCAAAGCUGUUCCAAGUUCAUAUUUGGGGCUCUUCAAUACCACUGAAAAUGGCCUGCCUGAAAAGCAAAUCUUAGCAGUCGAGUUUGAUACUGUACAAAGCCCUGAACUUCAUGACAUAAAUGGAAACCAUGUGGGAAUCGAUGUGAACAGCUUGGUUUCGAAGGAUUCUGCUACAGCAACUUAUUAUUCAAAUGGAGAAGGGAAGAAAAAAAGCUUGAUGCUCAUGAGUGGAGAUCCAAUUGAGGCUUGGAUAGACUAUGAUGGUGGUGAAAAAUUGCUCAAUGUGACAAUCUCUCCUAUUGGAAUCACAAAACCAGAAAGGCCUCUCUUGUCAACACCCCUCAAUCUUUCUGAUGUUCUCUUGGACUCUAUGUAUGUUGGUUUCUCAGCGGCAACUGGUGAAAUUACAAGUGACCAAUAUGUUCUAGGAUGGAGCUUCAACAGAAGUGGGCAAGCACAAAACCUUGAUGCUUCCAAGCUUCCUCCUGUUCCUGCAAAAAAGAAAGCAAGUAAGAAACCUGGAGUGCUGGUGAUUGCUUUGAUUGUAAUAGGAGUGGCUCAGUUGUUGAUUGUAGUUAUUGUAGCCGCUUACAUUGUAUGGAAGAAGAAAUAUGAAGAAGUAUGUGAAGACUGGGAAAAAGAAUACGGUCCUCAAAGGUUCCCCUAUAAGAAUCUUUAUAAUGCAACCAAGGGUUUCAAGGACAAAGAGCUUAUUGGAAAAGGAGGUUUCGGAAAGGUAUACAGAGGUGUGCUUCCUUCUAAUGAACAAAUCGCUGUCAAGAGAGUCUCUCAUGAUUCGAAACAAGGGAUGAAGGAAUUUGUGGCAGAGAUUGUCAGCAUGGGAAGGCUAAGGCAUAGGAACUUGGUGCAACUCCGUGGCUAUUGCAGGCGAAAAGGAGAAUUUAUAUUGGUCUAUGAUUAUAUGCCUAAUGGAAGCCUGGAAAAAGUAUUAUAUAGCAAUACAGAACAACCUCUCAAUUGGUUCCAGCGAUUCCGAAUCAUUCGAGGAAUAGCUUCUGGCCUUCUUUACCUGCAUGAAGAAUGGGAACAAGUUGUUAUACAUAGAGAUAUAAAGCCGGGUAAUGUUCUAUUGGAUGCAGAACUAAAUGGGAGAUUAAGUGAUUUUGGCCUUGCUAAAUUAUAUGAUCAUGGUAGCAAUCCACAAACCACCAACCUGCUGGGAACUGUGGGCUAUUUGGCCCCAGAAUUGAUUAGAACUGGAAAGGCAACUACCGCAACAGAUGUAUUUGCUUUUGGGGCUUUCAUGCUCGAGGUGGCUUGUGGAAGGAGGCCUAUAGAGCAACAAGGUGAUGGAGUGGUAGGUUUGGUUGAAUGGAUAACCAAUUGCUGGAGAGGAGGAGCUAUUAUAGAUGCUAGUGAUUGGAGAUUAGAAGGCAUUUAUUCAGAGGAGCACAUGGAGUUGGUACUUAAACUAGGAUUGUUUUGUUCACACCCUAACCCAGCAGCUCGGCCUAACAUGAGGCAGGUGAUGCAGUAUCUUGAUGGCGAUGCUACAUUGCCAGAUAUAUCACCUGAUAGCAGUUCAAUUGAAGUGUUCAUAACUAGUAAUGAAGCUUCUAAUAGUGGAAUGUCAUUUCCUUCAUUGUUUGAAAUUAGUUCGAGUAAUCAGACAAUGUCAAUUAGUAAUUCAUAGUAAUUCAGUCCUCACAGGACGGUGAAUCAAAUGUCUUUUCAUGGAAUAAUAGUUUUCUUGGGACCAAUCAACAGGUUCCCCUGAAUACAUUACUCUACAGCAA